UAUAGUUAAUAAAUAUAGUUAAUCUGAAGCUACCACCAAAUCAAAAACACCAAGUGAGAUCGAUCGAUCGAUCUUGGGAAUCAAGAAAAAAAAAGAUUUAGAGACUAACGUUGUUUAAUCUAAGAAAAGAGGAAGAGAUGUGGGAAUCAAUUUGCCUAACGGUGGCCGCCACGGCAGGUAACAAUAUCGGCAAAGUUCUGCAGAAGAAGGGCACUCUCAUUCUCCCUCCUUUAUCUUUCAAGCUCAAGUAGUCUUUCAGGAAGUGGCUGGUAUGAACAACUAUGUGCAACAAGUAUGUGCAUGACGACUAAGCAGAUCGUUGAACUUCUUACACUUUUCGCUAUGGAGAUACCACUAGCUACCAUUAGUCAAUAGCUCUCCAUGGCUUGAGUUGAGGGAGAGAAAACAAUUAUGUUAACGGGCUCUAUAAAAUGUGAAGAAAAGAGAAAAAAGAUACUUGGAGACUGAAUUGGAUGAUUAUUCCCUCAAGCAUGUUGGGACUUAACUAUUAUGUAUAAUUAAUCUAAAAGGAAAAGAAGGUGAUUAAAGCUUAUGCUUUCAACAAGCCAUGGAUCUUUGGUUUACUUAUGGAUUUGUUUGGAGCAGUCUUGAUGUUGCGAGCACUAUCUCUAGCCCCAGUAUCGGUCAUUCAACCAGUUUCUGGCUGUGGACUUGCUAUACUUUCAGUAUUUUCCCAUUUUUAUCUAAAGGAGAUCAUGAACGUUAUUGAUUGGAUAGGAAUUACCUUGGCAGGCAUUGGCACCAUAGCUGUUGGUGCUGGAGGGGAGGAGCAGCAGGCCUCGGCUAUCUCAAUUUUUCAUCUACCGUGGCUGGCAUGUGCUGUUGCAAUCUUGUUUGUACUCCUUAAUGGAUGGCUUCGCAUUUAUAGACGCCAGCGAAGAGAACAAGAGCUGAUGCAAUAUGAAGUAAUUGAGGAAAUUAUUUAUGGACUGGAAUCUGGGAUUUUGUUUGGGAUUUCAUCCGUGAUAUCAAAGAUGGGAUUUUUAUUCUUGGAGCAGGGAUUUUCCAAGUUGUUGGUGCCUGUUUGUAUUUCAAUAAGCAUUUGUUGUAGUGCUUCUGGUUUUGUAUGUCAGACACGUGGCUUGAAGCAUGGAAGGGCAAUUGUAGUGUCCACAUGUGCAGCUGUUGCAUCAAUUGUAACUGGUGUAUUUGCUGGUAUGUUUGCUUUGGGUGAACGGCUGCCUUCAGCACCUACAUCUCGUCUCUGGCUUUUGCUUGGAUGGAUGUGCAUCAUUCUUGGUGUGAUUCUGCUGGUAGCUUCAACACGGCUGGUGCGAAGCCUUCCACGGUCUUGGCGACGUGUUCUAAGAAGUGGGGUUGACAAAAACAUGGGUCUCAGGCAAUCUGUGCCAACACGGAGUAGAGAUACUAGUCCUAGUGCUGUUAUCCAGGCGUCAACUUUACAUCAUUUGAUAGCAACUCCCUCUAAAGCUAAGGCUUGAACUGUGUCAUUGCAAUUAAAAUGAUAACUCAAGGGUUGGACUUUGCUCAAGGUUCUUGUAAAUGUAACUUGAGGGCUGUUGUUAGUAAUCACAUUGUAUCUGGUGUGUACAGUACAGUUUUCAGCAUAGUGCAGGUUGUUUGAGGCUGAGGAUUCAUUCCAUUUAUACAAGAGAGUCUAGCACUUAAUACUGUUAUAAUCCUUCUAUAUCUUUUUAGACUCACCCGGACCCCAUUCUUGACGCACAUCGUGUGUUUUUUUUGGAAACAUGGUGUCUACAGAUGGAUAUUGUUUUAUAACUAAUUGAUAUGAUUGUCUC